GCGAGAAGUCGCGCCCAGUCGUCGGAGUCGGCCGAGGUCUGCCGGCGCGGCGUGUAUUCGCGAGCGCUCGCGGUCCAAUCGCCGCGGCGGCCGGCGUCAACUCGGGCCAAUCGCGGCGCGCCCAGAUGACGGCGCGCGCUAAAUAUAGCCGGUAUAUAUCUAGGCCGGUCGCGACCGCGAAUUAUCCACAGUUGCGCGCCGGCGAUCGACGGAGGAGGACGUGGCGAACGGGACUGAGUGACGGACACGAGUUGACGAGUGCGACGGUAGGAGAGAGAGAGAGAGAAAGAGUGCUUGGUGCGCGAGGACGACGACGACGAUUCUGCCGCCUCGUCGUUGUUACCAUCAUCGUGGCAGUCGCGAUCGUCGUGGGUCCAUCGAGAGAUCAUCGAGAAGAUAGGAGGUUUAAAUGGUGAGGAGGGCCCCUCCAUCGACAACAUCAUCGCCACGACCACCACCAUCGCCAUGUACAAUUUGAACGUGAACGUGAAUCCCAGCCCGACGGCUGGGGCUGCCGCGGGUCUUCUCGGUGUCGCGGCGGCCGAGGUCACGCCAAGGACACCGGAAAUCGUAAACUCCCUGAUCGCCAUGACCAAUCCCUUCGAGGGGUACAGCAGCAACGAGAAGAGCAGGGACCGCACGGACUCGACCAGCAGCGGCGAGCCCAGCCCACCGAGUGUCCAGCACACCUGCAGUCAGCUCAUCAAGGAAGGGCUGAAGCUGACGCUGCAGACGAAGAGACUAGCCAACGGCAGCGGCGACGAGGGCAGGAAAAAGUUGAAAAAGGAGGACGGCAGCGCCGACGACGAGGAGGAGGAAGAGUCGAGCAACAACAACAACAAGAGUGGGACACAUGGAUGGCGCUUUUUGCAGCUGACGCCGGAGGACGAGGAGCGGCGUCGACGGCGGCGCGAGCGCAACAAGAUCGCGGCGACGAAGUGCCGGCUGAAGAAGCGCGAGAAGACGGUGAUCCUCGUGCAGGAGUCCGAGAUCCUCGAGACGCAGAAUCACGACCUGAAGUCGCAGAUCCAGGAGCUCGAGACGCAGAGGCGCAGGCUGGUCGAUAUGCUGAGCCUGCACACGCCGACCUGCCUGAAGCAGAGCGCCGACAGCGCGACCUCCUACCAGCAAUUCGCCGAGCCGAUCCAGCUGCCGAGCUACCAGGACAAUUUCGUCCAGCAGGCGGCGGCGCCACCGCCGGCCCUCAACCAGCCGCAGAACUGCGUCACCGAGUACCAUCCGGUCAAGGUCGAGGAGUACGAGACCGAUUUCUAUCGGCAGGGUAGCCCAUACGUGCCGACGACGUCGGACGCCGGUUGUACGGUUUAGCAACGUCGUCCUCGUCGUCAUCGUCACCGUCGUCGUAAGGGGAGGGAGAAUCUAGUCGAGAAGCUCGGACCUGCGCGCACACUGUCCCGUAACUCACGAAUCCUCAUUUCAUUCUAAAAGCCACUCCGCAAUGUCCGUGAGAGCAUGGCUGUAUGUGAGCAUCGAGAUUAUAUUCAAGAUAAUAUUAAAGACCUUCUAAAGGGCCCUGGGUUCAUUUUCAUGCGAAGGGAUGAGCGACGAAGCUUUCUCUCACCGGAGUUCAAACGGUGAAAUUUUCUUACUCGCUGAAUCCCGUAAAGCUAGUGAUUUUUAAUAAUACCGGUGCGGUAAGCUUUAACAUCAGGUCAUACAAGCGAAAUGAAAAUUACUCAUAUUCGCUUAUGAUCUUAUAUUACAGCUUGCUGUGGCUGCGUCCCGAUAUUUAUCGUUUUCUUGCUAGUCCUGAAAAUCUAUAGUAUACGUAACACGAACUAUGGGAUUUCAGUGCUGACAGUGGAUAUCGGAACGGAUCCUUACAGUCGCGUUUUACAGAUUUACAGCUACAUUCUCACGGAUAUUAUGAAGUAGCCUUGAUAGACAGGCGACCCCGUGUUACUUUGCUCUCAACAAACGCCAUUGUUCAUCGCGACUUUUGGAUUUUCAGAGUUAUGUAACCAACGGAAAUGCUUGGAGUAUUCCGCUUAAAUCGUCUGAUAGGAAAGAGUGGAUUUCCAACUUGAAAGUACACAAUGUUUCCGGAUCGCUGAAUCCGCAGAGACAGAUUUUGCGCAGCGUUCUAAAUUUUUAUCAGCGGCUUGUUACCGCAGGAUCCACGGACAGAGUAUGGAAGGCGGAAGCCGAGUGGAAUCUGUAAUCUGCAGUCAUUUCAAUGCAACGAAAUGGAAACAUACGCGUAUCUCGCUCGGUUUGUGCCACCAAUUUGCUCGGGCAGUGGCAACAGAUUCUGCUGGUAGAAGGCGAACUUAAUCCGGAGAUCGAUAGCUGUGGAUCUGAUCGAAUCUGUCGUCAAUCUGCCGCAGUGUGCCGGGCACAUUGCUAACACUUUGCCCAUUGGUAUAAUUCAAGUUGGAAAGAAGUACAGGGAGAGGUGAAAUUUCUCGGCGAAAUUUCACAAAAUGUUCCAACAUUAAGUCGGAAAAUGAUUAAAUGGACGAGAAGGUCGAAGAAGAGAUUUUUCGAUGUAUUUAUACCGCGCGUAACUAUCGGAGAAAGGAGAGGGAGGGAAAAGAGAAAGAUAGAGUAUGUAUAUAUAUAUAUAUUUUUGUAUAUAUAUUUUUGUUCCCUUUCGCGCACUUGUGGGUUUCCAAAAAAAUUUGCUAUUUUCAAGUGCCAUUUGCGUAUUUCCAAGUAGACUCGCCUUAAACCAAUUUAUUAAUUGGUAUGCAUACACACCCACAUACAUAUACAUCUAUUUUCCUCUUUUCUCUCUCUCUCUCUCUCUCUCUCUC